AAGGGAGCGCGCAGGCGCAGUCUGCCUUCGCGCCAUUUCGAAGCCUCGUCCAGAGUUCCCUCACGAAUGAAGUGUGUUCCAUUCAGUCAGGGGAAAAGAUAAAACAGUCAAACACUGUACAGAGAAGUCAAAUCUGAGACUACAAAUCCCAAGAUGCAGAUGGAAGAGGAAGUUGGGAGGGUCUGCGUCUCUGCUCAUUUGCCACAAGACGGGAUGGAGAAAACUGGAGAAAUACCUUCUUUUCAAAAAGAAUGGGAGCAAAGCCCAAGAGAGAAGGGAGGGCCCUCGCCACGUCCCUUCCAAAGGAGGACGCCCCUUGGAGCCCAGAGAAACUGUAAUACAAGUUUCAAGUCCCCCGUUCCAUCUCUUAGGGUCUGUCAGCCUGCGGAUAAGGAGACUCUGCAGUGGGAAAUUGAAGAGCUGAAGAACAAAAGUAUUUCUUUAGACAAAGAAAUAGCCCCUCUAUUAGCUGAAGGAUACAGUUUAGAGGAAUUAGAAAACCACAUCGCUCUGCUCCAUGAAUACAAUGAGAUAAAAGAUACCGGACAAAUGCUUUUAGGCAGACUAGUGAUCAGAGGGGUCACCACAAAAGAGCUGUACCCUGAAUUUGGCCUGGACCUUAAUGACUAGAAGGAAUACAAGAACAAUGAUGUCUGCUGACCAAAAUGGUGAAAACUACUGUAAGUGCAGGUCUUCAGAGAAACAGAGAUGGAACAAUUGUUUAACGCUCUACAUUUUGUUAAUUUUUAUAGAUCGGAGAAGUUGACCUUGCUAACAACUAAGCAUUGGUACAAAUAGGGUGUUGUACCAACCAACCAUGGUCAACAUGGAAUUCUCUGGAGAAUUACAGGUGGUUGUGUUGAAUUGGCUCCCCUUGUCUCUGAAAGUUCAACUAAUGGUAUAAUGUAUAGUAGAGGGGAAUAUAAUAUCCCAUCAGUUCUGUAUCUGGUGAACUUAGACCAGGAGCAUAGAAUGUGUGGCUAUCCGGUUGUUUAACUACGACUCCCAUUAGCCCUAACAAGUAUAGCCAGUAAUGAAGGAGUUUAUAGUUCAACAGUCCCUGGAGCUGGUUUCGCAAUGUUGGGCUAAACAGAAAGCAACAUCCUUGAAGAGGUUGAGCCUCUUCUGGCUUUUUUCCUUUAAAAAAGUGUUGUUUGACAAUCCUCAUAAUUCAGACUUAGGGCACGUCCAUGUCCUUUUCAGUAUCUUGAAAUGAGGUUUUCUCAUCUUAGCAGUUGGCAAAAUUUGGGUCUAAACUGUGACAGCUGUUGUAUUCUUUGAACUCGGAAGGUGACUGUUCAGAGACAAUCCCUUGAUGCUUUGUUUGGAAAUCAAUAUUAAAACAUUGCACUGCUUUCUUGAA